AUACGAAAAGAAAUAAGGAAAAGAAAAAGAAAUAAUAGCAAAACAGAAGGCUUAGGCCAAUGGCUUCUUGUUGGGUUUGGAGUUUAUAUUGUGUCAUUUCAAUAUAAACAGAAAAAGAAAGAAAACAUAAAAUCCUUCUCUUUUUCUCGUUUUCUCGUUUUCUCUCUCUUUUUAUCUCGCUUUCAUCGCCGGAAAAUUGCAUCAUCAAUCUCCAAUUAACGCCGUCAUGUUAUUGCUCAAAUCGGUACUAUUCUUUUGCUUGAUUUGCCUUUAGAGUCUCGCUGUUGAGCAGUUAUAGGAUCAGAUCUGGUUGGUUUUGCUUGAUUAUAGAGAGAUUUAGGGUUCUAAAUUUUGUUAUAUUGCUCCAAUUAGGGAUGAUUUUGAAGAGAAUUCUGAAACUUUAGGGGUUUUUUUUGUUAAUAUUCUUACGUGUGUGUGUGUGUGUGUGUAUGGAAGAGGGAAGAAGAUCUGGUGACCCAUCGGGGUUUAUGGUGAAGAAUAGAAGCUCAUCAGGUUGUUUGAUUGUUAGAAAGAAGGGUAAUAAUGAUGGUAUUGGAAUUGGAGGAAUUGUAGGUUCCUCUGGUUCAAGAAAGUUUAGUGGGUCAAAAAAGGAGAAAAAGAGAGCUAGGUUGGAUUUCAGCGAUUCAGGGUCUAGUGAUGAGUUGUUAAUACCGCCACAAAGAAGGGUUGGACCUGAAACUAUUAGGGUUUGUAAUGGUUUGAGUCUUUUUGAUAAGGGUGGUAUUAAUUUAGAAGAGAAUGAUAUUGGUAGGAAAAGGAGUAGGGGAGAUAUUACUGGUAGGAGUAGUAACAAGGUUGAUGCGAAUGUGGUUGGUAGGAAUGGGGAAGAGGAUUUUAGUGCAAGGAAAAGGAAUAGGUUAGAUGUGUUUGAGUUUGAUGAAUAUGAAGGGAAUGAUGUAGAAAUGAUGAGGAGGAGGAGGAAGCAUUUUGAUGAUGACGAUGAUGAUAACAAUGAUGAUGAUGGAAUUCAAGGGAGGGGGAGGCUUGUUGGGUCAAUGAUGAUGGGGAGAAGUGGGAUUAAUAUGGAAUACGAGUCAGGAUCAAGUAGACAUCCUAUUAUUGAUAGAAGAAAGAGUUCAUAUUUCGAGAGAACAAGUGGGCUAAUUCAGGAAGGUCACCACAAUAGGGAUGUGACACGGAAUCAUCCACGACAAAUAUCGUUUUAUAGAGAUAAAUAUGAUUCAGAUGAACCCAUUAGAGUUCAGGGAAAAAAUGGUGUUUUAAAGGUAAUGGUGAACAAGAAAAAGAAGGUGGGUGGAAUGGAAGUGGAGGAAAACAGAAAGGGCUUGAGGCCAGAAGAAGCUGUGAAGAGGAAUGUUCUAAUCAGACCUCCGCUUUACUCAGAGUCUAAAAGUGCUGAGAAAUCGAGUUCUGUAGUUGGGACACUGAAGAGUUCAAUGAAUAUGCUGAGAUCAUCACCUGCUAAGAAUUCUUCUAGUAGGAAUGGUAAGGUCAGAUACCAUGAUUCAGAAGACAGUGAUACAUCAUUAAAAUUGGGACUGAAGAAAUUGGAUUCUCAUAACUCUAUGAAAAUGCCACCGUCAACUAAAAACCUUAAAGGAGAUGAGGUGGAUUCGGAAGAUAGUGAUACAUCGUUGAAGCUGGGACCAAAGAAUGAGGAACCACAUAAAUCUACAAAAGGGGCAAGCAGCAGUGGUGAAAUAACACCAAGCAAUCAGCGCCUACCAACUAGAAGUAAAGAAGGGAAAAUUAAGCGUGGUACUGGCACAGAAAAGCAGAAGCUGCGAGAAAGAAUAAGGGAGAUGCUUUUGAAUGCAGGCUGGACUAUAGACUAUAGACCAAGAAGGAACAGAGACUACCUAGAUGCAGUCUAUAUUAAUCCUACAGGAACGGCUUACUGGUCCAUCAUCAAGGCAUAUGAUGCGCUUCUAAAGCAAUUAAAUGAUGAGGAAGAGGAGGCAAGAUCCAAGGAUGAGUCAUUUAUGCCACUAUCUGAUGAGGUGCUCAGCCAAUUAACAAGAAAGACACGAAAGAAGAUGGAGAAAGAAAUGAAAAUGAAAAAGAAGCAAAGAGAUGUUAGUGAAAGUGAGAAUGCAAGGGAAACUGCAGCAAGAAAGUCUUCAAGUUCCAGGCAUGAUGAGGAAAGUAUGGACAGUGGCAGCCAUGAAGAAAAACUAAGUUCCUUUAUAAAACAGGGUGGUAAGUCAUUAAAGAGUAGAAUGAAUGGUAACAGUUCUUUCAAUUUAAACACUAAAAACCAGAAUUCUAUUCAUCCUCUACAUGGUGCCGUGGAGCAAACAUUUUCUGGAUGUAAUUCUCAUCAAGGAAGAAAAAGCAGAAAACUUGGCAGAUGUACUUUGUUGGUGCGGAAUUCUAAUGAGGGGCUAAACUCAGAAAGUGAUGGCUUUGUUCCAUAUGCUGGCAAAAGAACACUGCUUUCCUGGCUGAUUGACUGUGGAGCUGUACAAUUGAGCCAAAAGGUGCGUUACAUGAAUCGUCGACGAACGAAAGUAAUGCUGGAGGGUUGGGUUACUAGAGAUGGUAUUCACUGUGGUUGCUGUAGUAAAAUCCUCACAGUCUCGAAGUUUGAGAUCCAUGCAGGGAGCAAAUUGCGCCAGCCGUUUCAAAAUAUAUAUCUAGAUUCAGGGGUUUCUCUUCUGGAGUGCCAGAUUGAUGCUUGGAAUAGACAGGAGUCCAUAGAGCGCAUUGGUUUUCAUUCUGUAAACACUGAUGGUGAUGAUCCUAAUGAUGAUACAUGUGGCAUUUGUGGAGAUGGUGGGGAUUUGAUAUGUUGUGAUGGUUGUCCGUCAACCUUUCAUCAGAGCUGCCUAGAUAUAAUGAUGCUCCCCCCAGGUGAUUGGCAUUGCCCAAAUUGUACAUGCAAAUUUUGUGGAAUAGCCAGUGAAGACUUUGUUCAGGAAGAUGGUACAAAUGUUUCCGAACUACUUACUUGCAGCUUGUGUGCAAAAAAAUAUCACAAAUCAUGCCUACAGGAUGUGGAUGCUCUCUGUAUUGAUUUUAAUAAUUCAACCCCUUGUUUUUGCGGGAAGACAUGCAGAGAGCUUUUUGAGCAAUUGCAGAAGUAUCUUGGGAUCAAGCAUGAGCUAGAAUCAGGAUUUUCAUGGUCUCUUGUCCAUAGAAUGGAUAUAGACUUGGACAUGUCUCUGCAGGGGCUACCACAAAGAGUAGAAUGCAAUUCGAAGUUGGCUGUUGCCUUGUCUGUUAUGGAUGAAUGCUUUUUGCCAAUCGUUGACAGGAGAAGUGGGAUCAAUAUAAUCCAGAAUGUGCUAUAUAACUGUGGAUCAAACUUUAAUCGGCUGAAUUAUAGUGGCUUUUAUGCUGCUAUUCUGGAGAGGGGUGAUGAAAUAAUUUCUGCCGCAUCCAUCAGGUUCCAUGGAACUCAGUUGGCAGAAAUGCCAUUCAUCGGUACUCGCCAUGUAUAUAGGCGUCAAGGGAUGUGCCGGCGGCUUUUUAGUGCCAUUGAAUCAGCACUCUGCUCCUUGAAGGUUCAGAAAUUGAUUAUCCCUGCAAUUUCUGAACUGACUCAUACAUGGACUGGGGUUUUUGGUUUUACCACUCUUAGUGAUUCACUUAAGCAAGAAUUGAAGUCUAUGAAUAUGUUGGUGUUCCCUGGAAUAGACAUGUUGCAGAAGCAGCUAUUGGAGAAAGAAAACACUGAUGGAAACAUGACUUUGAGCGCAGGUUUUAAAGGAUCAGAAUUGGAAGACAGUCAAUGUGUCACACCUGAGGUGGCAGCUAAGUCUGAUAUUGAUUCUUCAGCUAUGCAUGAUCUUGAUAAAUAUGAUAUUAAUGGUGAUUUAGAACAUGCCAGCAGGGCAAAUGACGAAGUUGUUACUGCAAAUUCUGAUUCUCAAUUUCUGGAUGUUCCUAUGAAUGACACUUCUGUGAUCAGUAGUUCUUUAGAUUCAACCCAGGAACAAAAAAACUUAGUACUACUUAUAGAGAUGGUGAAUGCAGAUUUUGAUUCAGGGGAUAAGCUGGAUGAAUCUGCUGCUGAGAACAAAAGUCUGUCUGUAUUUGACGCUAGUCAUGAUAACCAAAUGGAUAUUAAAGCAGAAUCAGAUUCUUCUGCUGAAGAUACUACUCGCUCUUGUAUUCAAGGUGAAGUGUCUCCUGCAAAUUCUAAUUCCCGAGGCCUUGGUGUUUCCUCUGAUGAUAUUUCUGUGAAGAGUGGUUCUGUGGGUGCUCCUAAUGAACUUAAAACUGAACUUUUGCGUGAGAGGAAUACAUGUGCUGAUUCUGAAUCAGGGGACAAGUUAGAUGAGUUAAAUUCGGAGAGUAAAUGCCUCGUUAAAACAGUAGUGGCUUCUCCUGUCAAAGAUGAUUUUCAGUCUUGUAAAGAAAGUGAUAUUCAGGAUAUCCGUGCGUUUAAUUUAAACGAGACUUCUUCUGAUAAAACUAAAACCUCAAUCUCAAUUGAAGAGGCUAAGUCUCUUGAUUGCAAAUCAGAGGGCAAGUUUUCUGAACUAGCUUCCAAGGGGAAUCAUCAAUUUGACUCUGAUGCAGGCCAUCAUGCAAUAGAGAUGGAAACGAAGCCUGUAGUGGAUUCCCCCAUUGAGGAUAAGCCUGAGUCCGGCAAAGAGGACUUGCAGACACUAAAUGCUGAGUUGGCAUGUUCUGAAGCUGUCCCUUCCACUAAGGGUGCAAGUGAAUUUCCAAGUGUGUCUGAAGCUGCCCCUUCCGCAGAGGAUGUAACUGAUGAUAAUUCGACCCAGAAGAUAGAUGAGUUUUUAUGUGUGCCUGACGCUGUUCCUUCCACAGAGAAUGCAACUGAUGAUAAACCCACCCAGAAGAUAGAUGAACUUCAAAUUGUGCCUGAAUCUGUUCCUUCUGCACAGAAUGCAACUGGCGAUAAACCCGCCCAGAAGAUAUAUGAACUUCAAAGUGUGUCUGAAGCUGUUCCUUCUGCACAGAAUGCAACUGACUAUAAACCCGCCCAAAAGAUAUAUGAACUUCAAAGUGUGUCUGAAGCUGUUCCAUCCGCACAUAAUGCAACUGAUGAUAAAUCUACCCAGAAGAUGGGUGAAUUUCCAAGUGUAGUUGAAUCUGUCCCUUCCACAGAAGAUGCAACUGAUGAUAAUUCCACCCAGAAGAUAGAUGAAUUUCUAAGUGUGCCUGGGGCUGUCCCUUCCACAGAGAGUGCAACUGAUGACAAUCACCCCCCGAAGAUGGAUGAACUUCCAAGUGUACCUGUUUCCAUGUUCAAUGGUGGUGAUGAUAAUUCCAUGCAAAAUAACUUAGAUCCAAAAGAUAGAAUAUGAGAGGCAAGCAAAUUAGAUUCGACUUCAAAAGCAGUUUGAAGCAAAUCCCUGGUAUGCUCCUACAGAUAAGUUCAGGACUGAUGCAAGUGAAGGGAAACUGAUCCUUACGUUGUAUGAUAUGUGUGCACUACACCACUCCUGCUCUGUAUUCUCUAUGAAACUUGUAGGUUCUCUCAAUGUGGAAUAUUCCCAUACGCCAGAGCCAGGGCAAAGGCGCUGUCAUCUAAAUGCCGUGACUGGGAAUUUAUGAAGAAAUUAUAGGUUGUCUGACGAAAAGUAAUUGGUCUUGGUGAGUAAGGUUGUUAAAGUUUCUGGUUUAACUUGUUGGAGCAACUGUGUUUAGAGGGCUUCAAAUUGGUGGGAAGUGAUUGGUGCCGUAUGAGGAAGUUGCUAUUGUAAAAACACAUUGGAGGGAGGCAGACAUUUGGACUGAAUGUGAAUGGGGGUCAAUUUUCUCCAUGUUACUAAGCAUGUAAAUAUCCAAAUGCCACCAAGCUGCAAAUUUGGCGAGUCCUGUAUUAAUUCAUUUUUAUGGAGGAACAUCCUCUAUGUCUAUCUAUGUUAACUUGUCACAUGACAUAGGUGGGGUUGCAGAUGGAUCUUUUAAUGUCAUUUUUCUUGUAACUACAACCUUUUCUUCCAAUUGCCAGCAUUCUUUUUAUAUGAUUUAUGUUAUGUUAGCUGCAAA